AUGAGAGAAAACAAUGAGGUAGUGAGUAAGAGAGAAAAUUGUGAGGUGGUUACUAGAGAGAAAAAGAGAGGGGAGCCACAAGUGAGAAAAGAAAGAGAGUCUUUUGAGAGAAGAGAAAAAUCACGAACGAAUUUCUAUGCCAAAGGAAGUGAAGUGAGGAGAGUGAUAGUUGAGAGAAAAGAAAUGAUCUUGUUCUUGUAUAAGAAAUCACUCCUCAAUUUGGAGGAAACUAACCCACCUCUCCAUAGCUUGGCUAAGUCUUUAUUGCGGGAAUUCGAAAGCAUAUUUUUAGAGGACAUGCCUAGUGGGUUACCAUCCAUUCGAGGCAUUGAACACCAAAUUGACUUUAUACUUCGAGCUGUCAUUCCAAAUCGACCAUCUUACCGAAACAAUCCCGAACAGAUAAUUGAACUUCAGAGACUGGUAGAGGAGUUGAUGAGCAAGGGCUAUGUAAGUGAGAGUAUGAGUCCAUGUGCAGUACCAGUAUUGCUUGUGCCAAAGAAAGAUGGAUAA